UUGCACACACGGUCACACUCGUAUUCUACAGUUAUUAAACUGCAGCGAUGGCAAGAACCAAGCAGACCGCUCGUAAAUCCACCGGUGGCAAAGCCCCGAGGAAGCAGCUCGCUACUAAAGCCGCCCGGAAGAGCGCCCCAGCCACCGGCGGCGUCAAGAAGCCCCACCGUUACAGGCCCGGGACCGUGGCUCUCCGAGAGAUCCGCCGCUAUCAGAAGUCCACCGAGCUGCUGAUCCGCAAACUGCCUUUCCAGCGUCUGGUGCGAGAGAUCGCUCAGGAUUUCAAGACUGACCUGCGCUUCCAGAGCUCCGCUGUCAUGGCCCUGCAGGAGUCCAGCGAGGCUUACCUGGUCGGUCUGUUCGAGGACACCAACCUGUGCGCCAUCCACGCCAAGAGGGUCACCAUCAUGCCCAAAGACAUCCAGCUGGCCCGCCGCAUCCGCGGAGAGCGCGCUUAAACCCGCCGCUGCCAAACACCCCAAAGGCUCUUUUAAGAGCCACCCACAUCACUCUCAAUGAGACUGUUUCCCCGGGAAAACUCGAUAUAAACAUAGAAAAAAAUAGUACCUUAACCUUUUCAGACAAUUAUGCUUUGGUUUAUAUUUUUCUUAGGUGUAUUAACGGUUCUAGAUCUCCCUUCAAAGAAUAAUCACAGGCGUAACACACAAAUA